UUUUUACCACUCCAAAAGUCUUAUAAUGGCUAUGCCAGAAAUUUUUGCUGCUUUCCUUCUCUUGCUUCUUCUCAGUUUUGCUCAACUUCAUGAAGCUUUUGAAUUUACAUUAAAUGGCUUCAAUGGAAGUGAAAGACAACUGAGCUUGGAAGGAGCUACAAUUAUAAAACCUUCUGGUUUACUCAGACUCACAAACAGAUCAAACCUUGUUACAGGCCACGCAUUCUAUUCCCAACCCAUUGAACUUCUUUCCAAAAAUUCAACUUCAAACAAAACUUGUGUGUCUUCUUUCAGUACAUGCUUUGUGUUUGGUAUAAUUUCUCGGAGAAACAAACCUGGUGGAUAUGGCUUAGCCUUCACCAUAUCUCCUUCUAAGGAAUUCCCAGGUGCUGAGCCAGGGCAUUAUCUUGGAAUUUUCAACUCUUCCAAACCUUCCAAUCAUAUUUUCUUUGUGGAGUUUGAUACUGUAAAUGGGUAUGAUGGCAGCACGGAUACAGCAGGAAACCAUGUUGGAGUCAACACCAAUGGAAUGAACUCCAUUGUUAAUGAACCAGCUGCUUAUUAUGAAGAGGGGUCCGAAUCAGAGAAAGAAGAUAUCAACUUGGAAAGCGAAGAUGGAGAGCCUAUCUGUGCUUGGAUUGAAUACGAUGGUAUGAAAAAACAUCUUGAUGUAACAAUUUUCCCUUUAUCUUUGGAGAAAAAACCAGACAAACCUUUAAUAUCACAUGGUAUCGACCUAGACGAUGUUCUAACCAUGGAGGAGAUGUACGUUGGCUUCUCUGCUUCGACAGGGCACAACAGGUCGAGCUCUCACUAUAUUCUUGGAUGGAGUUUCGCCAUGAAUGGAACAGCACCAGAACUCAACUUCAAACGGCUUCCUAAACUACCAAACCAAGAUACUUCAUCAUCAUCUCUCAAACCAAAAAUCAAGGCUGUUAUUGCAGGCGUAUCUGCCUUGAUGAUCACCUUAUUAGGGGUCUUGUGUUUUCUUACAUUGUACAAAAGGAUGACUCCGCCGUUUGAGAGUCUUGAAGAUUGGGAAUUGGAUUGUCCGCACAGGUUUAGUUUCAAGGAUAUUUAUAAAGCAACAAAGGGUUUCAAAGACUCUGAGGUGAUUGGAGUCGGCGGCUUCGGUGCUGUCUACAAGGGUGUUUUGCCUUCAACUGGGGCUGAAAUUGCAGUGAAGAAGAUAACUCCAAACUCUCUUCAAGGAAUCAGAGAUUUUGUAGCUGAGGUUGAGAGCUUGGGACAGUUGAGGCACAAGAACUUGGUGAGUCUCCUAGGUUGGUGCAAAAAAAAGAACGUCCUCAUCAUUGUCUAUGCUUACAUUCCAUAUGGAAGCCUUGAUGCUCUCAUCUUCAAUCCCAGAAAUGAAGUUUCAUUGGGUUGGGAACAUAGAUUCAAUAUCUUCAAAGGCAUAGCCAAGGGGCUUCUAUAUCUGCAUGAAGAAUACCAACAAGUUGUAAUUCACAGGGAUGUGAAACCCAGCAAUGUUUUGAUAGAUUCAGACAUGAAUGCUCGGCUAAGCGACUUUGGGCUUGCCAGGCUUCAUGAUCACGACGGUGAGAUAUCACACACAACCGGAGUUGUUGGCACAAUUGGGUAUAUAGCACCGGAAUUGGCUCGUACCGGAAAAGCCUCGACUGCCACCGAUGUGUUUGCUUAUGGAGUUUUGCUACUUGAAGUGGCCUGUGGAAGGAGACCAAUUGGGUCAGGUAAUUUCAUAUUGGUUGAUUGGGUGAGUGAAUGUUAUGAAAUGGAUCGGUUACUGGAUGUAGUGGAUCCAAAAUUGGGUUCAGAUUUUGUUGUUGAAGAGAUGGAGUUGGUGCUGACAUUGGGUCUACUUUGCUCUUAUGACAAACCAGAAGCCAGGCCAAGCAUGAGAGAAGUGGUUCGGUAUUUGAACGGAGAUGAUUUGCUUCCUGUUUUUGAUGGUUGUGAACCAAAUAUUAAUUCCCCAUGGCACUGUAGGAUGAAUACAAGAUACAAUAUGGAAGUGGUUUCUUACGAUAUCAACACAUCCUACAAAUCAUCAUCAGUUGUCCCUGCGAAUUCUUUCAAUUCCAUAUGAUUUUUUUUUUAUUUUUUUUUUUGGGACACAUUACUUUUUUGUAUAGUACUAAUCAAGUACAUAUACAUCUCUAUAGCUGGGAUGAACAGAUAGAGAUUUGAGUUUUAAUUUUCCUUUUUCAAGUGUUAACAUCAUUUAAUUAUUCCCAAAUUAUACUGAAAAUAAA